UGGCGCGAGUUGUUUGACUUUCUUAUUGCGCAGUAACAGCUGAGAUUAAUUUGAUUAAAAAAAAAGAUAUUUACAACAAUAAAUAAUUUUGCAUUGGCAAAGUAGAAUUUUACUACCUGCUGAAGUGACAAUGAAGUUCCGAGCGAAGAUAAACGAUGUGGGAUGUCUCAAUCAUUUCACACGUGUAGUGAACACCAUUACAAAACUCACAAAGACUUGUGUUGUACGACUUACGGUCGACAACAUUUUCUUCGUCCUUUCUGGAAAAGUUGCCAAUGGAGGAGUCAGUAUGUGGUGUGAGUUACUGCAGGUUAACUUUUUUGAUGAAUAUCAACUGGAAGGUGUGUCAACAGAUGCCAAUGAGAUUUGUUUAGAACUAAAUCCAGAGAACCUAUCCAGAGCUCUAAAAACUGCACAGAAUUCCAAAUCAGUCAAAAUAAAACUGACAAAGAAGCACUGUCCAUGCCUCACUCUAGCUGCAGAAUUGCCCUCCCUCUCAUCCUUUAGUCGCAUUGUCACACAUGAUAUCCCUGUGGACGUCAUUCCCAGAAGGCUUUGGCAUGACUUUAAAGAGCCAAGCAUGCCAGACUUUGAUGUCAGCAUAUAUUUACCCCCACUGAAGACUAUGAAGAGUGUGGUAGAUAGAAUGAAGAACCUCUCCAACUAUUUGGUAGUGGAGGCUAACCUAAGUGGUGAAAUGAAUUUGAAGAUCGAAACAGAUCUCGUGUCUGUCACGACACACUUCAAAGACCUUGGCAAUCCUCCAUGGGGUGCUUCACAGUCUCAAAGUCAAAGCAGAGAUGUUGAGGCCAUGGCACAUGCACGAGUGGAUAUUAGGAAACUUCAGCAAUUCCUUAUGGGGCAGCAGGUCAACCCAACCAAGUCCAUGUGCAAUAUUGUUGACAAGAGGAUUAUUCAUCUAAUUCUACUUCAGGAAGACGUGUCUCUUCAGUACUUCAUCCCAGCUGUGGCAUAGAUGUAAAUAUUUAUAAUUACUGAAAAAAUACACUAAUGCAAUACUAUAAUAAAAUACAGUGUCUUAUGAACACAUUUGUUAAAAGUAUUUUGCACCCAGUGUAAAGAAUCAGACAUUGACUUCUAAGUAGAUUUUUCCCCCCUUUUUUUCUUAACCAGCUUUCAUAAAAAAAAAAAAAUUCUGGCAUUCUUCCUGUUCAUUGCUUCAUUUUUUCCACACUAAAAAGUUUAAAAUUAAUGCUGUGUAAUGUUUUGUAAAGUUAUGAUGCAAGAGUGUCUUUUGCAAUAAAGUUAACCAAUUGUUAACAGUCA